AUGGAUGUAAUAUUAAUAGGGAUGGAACAACAGAUGUCACGCGCACAUUUCACUUUGGGGAGCCCACAGAAUUUCAAAAAGAGGCUUACACGCGCGUCUUAAAAGGGCAGUUGAUAUUUGGAUCCACAAUUUUCCCAGCGAGAGUAAAGGGCCAAGUUCUCGACACUAUCGCAAGAAAAUGCCUUUGGGAUGUUGGACUCGAUUAUGGACAUGGAACAGGGCAUGGUAUUGGAUCAUUCCUUAAUGUGCAUGAGGGUCCUAUGGGAGUAGGAAUUCGUCCUAUGCCCGAUGAUCCCGGAUUACAAGAAAACAUGUUUAUAUCGAACGAACCAGGAUAUUACCAUGCAGAGGAAUUCGGCAUUCGUAUUGAAGACAUUGUUCAAAUCGUCCCAGCAUCAACAAUUCACAACUUCGGAGGAAGAGGCGCUUUAACAUUUAAAACUAUUACAAUGUGUCCAAAGCAAACAAAGAUGAUUAUAAAAGAUAUGCUCUUAGAUACAGAGAUAACAAUUUUAAACAAUUAUCACAAAACGGUUUGGGAAACCUUGUCUACAAUUUUGCGGGAGGAGGGUGAUGAUCUCACUUUAUCAUGGUUGGAAAAAGAGACCCGUGCCAUUUAAAUCAGUUUGUGUGCGGCGUCUUAGAAACAAUAAAGAUUUAUAGCGUUAAGGUUUUCUUUAGCAGUUUCGGUUGUACCUCACGGCUAUCUUUAUUCUCAAAAAAGAUACUUAUUAUUA